UUUAAAAGUUGCUAAAUUGUUGAGUCAAAACUUUCAACGUACAACCGCAAAGUGCUCGUAUGUUAAGUUUGCUCCAAGAUAUCAUCGAGUGACAUUCCGCCAGCGAGGUGCGAAUCGAUACAAAACGAUUCCGCGAGGGAAAAAGAAUCGCGGAGAGAGAGAGCACGAUUUUCUUUCGCGCAGUUGCGCGCGUGGUGCGUUGUUAAUGAUUGCGUCGUUUGUAUUUGCGGUCGGUCACUGUUGUUAUUAUUAUCUAACCACAAACAUGGCACUUGAUACGAGCGUCACUUGAUGCAGUUUGCGUGGCAAAGUUAAGCUUCUCUUUUUGCUAUCGGAAUUCUUGUAACAGUCGUGCAAAAAUAAAACGUGUGACACUUUCUGUGCGCGCUCGACUGUCGUCUGAAGUUAUCGUCUGACAAAAAAGAAAUGUUUUCGAUGCUUUUUUGAAUGAUCAAAAGUGGCCGACACAAACACGUUAUUUUCGUAGUUUGAAUCCAAGAAAAGAAAAAAUAGUAAGAAACGUAGUAACAAUGUAAAAAUAUAACACAGAAGUUACGUAAAUACAAAAAACUUGUUGAAACUUCGAAUUUUGAGAGAAGUUGCUUUUAAUAAACAAUGUGAUCACGUGACUUGUUGAAAAUCGAUUGAACGAAGCGAAUAUACUUAAUGUUACAAAAGUUUUCAGGAAUUUUUACGAAUUAUUGUUAAUGGUGUUGGAAACAUCAUCUGUUGAACUAACAUCGGUUGUUGCGAUUUGAAAUGUUAAUGAUGCAAAAAAAAAAAAAAAAUGCAAAAUAUCGCAUUUGUAAGCGACAUUGUCUUCCAUCGCAUUCUCGAGAGAAGGAAACGAAAGAGCUCAAUCAAAUUUUUCGCAAAAACUUUGUCACAAAUUUCUUCUGACGCAAAGCUAUUUGACAAAUAAAAACAAUAGACAAAAGCGGAUUCGUUUGAGAGCUCUUCUCGCGAAGUACGAGAGAUAUACGGAUAUUUAUUUCCGUCGCUCUUCCUUUGUUGAAUUAUUUUUGCUUUAUUACUCGCAGCUAAGCGACUCGCCUCCUUUAACAGAGGACAAAACUUUCCGUUAGAUUGCAAUCAGCGAAGAAAACGUCUUCAAGCGAUUAGUCGCGUUUGUAGCCUUGUCUCCUUGAUACGCGCAACAAGCGACAGGAAAUUCCUGAGGAAUUAAAAAACACAGACAACUCGAAGAGCGAGAGAACUUUGUUAAUUUAUUGCACGCUGUACGCAUUUCGAAUUCAGGAAACGUGAAGAUAUUACGACAUUAACGGCUUCUCUGAGAGCGACUCGAAUAAUUGAAAAUGAGCUGACGAAAUGCGCAUUUACGCGAAAUUUUACUCGUGCAAAAUUAACGAAUUGUUUGCGAGAAGAAAAAAUGCGAGAUUUUAAAAAUACAUAGGAAAAAAAAAAUAACACGACGCUAUACCGCAAAUCACGACAAAGUGACAAGCCGGGACAAGUCAAAAUAAUUCUAAAUCCUUUGUCACACGAACCGAUCUCGUAAUUGCACGAAUAAUUCAAAAUGCUCAUCGAAGACUCGUCGACGUCGUUUCCUUCUCGUCGUUUCUCGAGACUCGCUCGUCGCGUUUGCUCAAUCACUCGCAACUAUUCCUAAGAGAGAUCUUUCCAAUCUUCACGGUGAUAUGUGGUCGACGGGACGACGAUGUGGCCGGACGCCGCCGGCAGAUCUCGCGUGUUUCACGAGCGCCUCAAAGUGAAGCUGCCGGCUACGACGAAGAAGAAGAGGAAGAAGAAAAAAGGCGAGACUGAAAACAAGUCGGUGUGUCACAAGUUCCUCGCCCUGUUUCAUCACCGCAAGCCUCGGGAUCCCCUUCGCGGAUCCAGCACUGCCUCGUCGGUGCCCCUGCUCGACAUGGGCGCCAGAGCAUGGGACUACGAGGCACUGCCGGAACUCCACACCUCGACGGCGGUCACGCCGACCUCCACGCCGCCCACUUCCCAGCAAAAGGCGCCCAGAGUGUACUUUCAGGCCGAUAAUCUGGCGUCCACUAGGAGACGGAGCAGCAGCAAACUGCUGGCGCCGCAGCCGACCUGCAGGAGGCGCAGUCGGAGUAUGAGCGCAUGGAGCGAUCUGUCCAGGUCGUCCUUCAAGCUGGAAGAAAGAGUUCGCGUCGAGUAUUAUGUGAACGAGAACACGUUCAAGGAACGGCUGCAGCUGUACUUCAUCAAGAACCAACGUUCGAGUUUGAGGAUACGACUUGCAAAUCUGUUUUUCAAGCUGCUAACAUGCUUCCUGUACAUAUUCAGAGUUAUUACCGACAACGAUCCGACGUUUGCAGCAUGUUACGGUUGCACACCUGGCAACAAGACCGAGUUCCUCGCGUCGCAGAACCUGACGGAGGAGGAGUUCCAGGAACAUCCGACCAUCAAUUGGGACGCGAUCCUCUGGGUCAGGAGAUCGCUCGAGUUGUGGGUGGUCCAAGUGAUUUUGGCGAUGGUGUCGCUGACCGAGGCCUUGCUGCUCGCCUAUCUCGGUUACAAGGGAAAUGUCUGGCAGCAGCUCCUAUCCUUCCACUUCAUCCUGGAAUUGGUCAACACUAUCCCAUUCACAAUCACGUUACUGUACCCGCCAAUGAGAAAUCUGUUCAUUCCCGUGUUCCUAAAUUGCUGGCUGGCAAAGCAUUCCCUGGAGAAUAUGUUUAACGACCUACACAGGGCGAUGCAAAAGUCCCAAUCCGCAUUGAGUCAGCAGCUGAUGAUCCUUAGCGCUACGUUACUGUGCCUUGUCUUUACUAGCGUAUGCGGGAUCCAGCACUUUCAGAGAGCGGGGCACAGACAUUUGAAUUUGUUUCAAAGCACGUAUUUCGUCGUGGUGACGUUUUCCACGGUGGGCUACGGCGAUUUCGUACCGGACAUCUGGCCUUCGCAGCUCUACAUGGUCAUCAUGAUCUGCGUGGCGCUCAUAGUGCUACCAACGCAGUUUGAACAGUUAGCUUUCACGUGGAUGGAGCGGCAGAAGCUGGGCGGCUCGUAUUCAUCGCAUCGAGCGCAGAGCGAAAAACACGUGGUGGUUUGCAGCACGACGCUGCAAGCCGAUACCAUCAUGGAUUUUCUAAACGAAUUUUACGCCCAUCCCUUGCUACAGGACUAUUACGUGGUGUUGUUGUCGCCGAUGGAGCUUGACACGACGAUGCGGAUGAUUCUGCAAGUGCCGAUCUGGGCGCAGAGAGUCAUCUACAUACAAGGUUCGUGUCUGAAGGAUGGCGAUCUCGCGAGAGCCAGAAUGAACGAAGCGGAAGCCUGUUUUGUAUUGGCGGCGAGAAAUUAUGCCGACAAAACCGCUGCUGACGAACACACGAUACUCAGAUCGUGGGCGGUCAAAGACUUCGCGCCUAACGUUCCUCAAUACGUUCAAAUCUUCCGUCCGGAAAACAAGCUUCACGUGAAAUUUGCGGAGCACGUGGUGUGCGAGGAUGAAUUUAAGUACGCCCUUUUAGCGAACAACUGCACGUGUCCCGGCGCGUCGACGUUGGUCACCCUGUUGUUGCACACGUCUCGAGGACAAGAGGGUCAACAGUCGCAGGAAGAGUGGCACAGACUGUACGGCAAAUGUUCCGGCAACGAGAUUUAUCACAUAAUUCUCGGCGACUCUCGCUUUUUCGGAGAGUACGAGGGAAAAUCCUUCACUUACGCGUCGUUCCACAGUCAUCGGAAAUACGGAGUUGCUCUCGUCGCAGUCAGACCAGCGGAACUUCCGGAGUUUUACGAGGACACCAUCCUCCUGAAUCCCGGACCCCGGCAUAUAAUGAAGAAAACCGACACGUGCUACUACAUGAGCAUCACGAAGGAGGAAAAUUCCGCCUUCGUGGUCGCGAACAAUCAAAGCGGGAUUGGCGAAGGUACGCAGGUGAUCGUCGAAACCAAGACGGACGCGACGACCGCGAGCAACGGCUCGACGAGCAACGCGACGACCAACAACACAACGACGACAACGACGAUUAACUCUACGGGGGCGACUUCCGCAACGACGACCACCACAACCACCACGACGAUAUCCACCAGCUGCGGCGGCGGCGGCGGUGGCGACGGGAACGGUACAGCAAUCAGCAACGGUGCCGACGCGCACCAGCGAUUUUCCAACAGUUGUAACGUUGCGCUGAGCGAAACACUGCGCAGACAGGAGACCUGCACGGGGCCCCGUGCGCAAGACCGCUCCCAGAACGGUCCCCAAGGUCACAGGGCCCCGUUAAUGCCGCCGCAGGUUAUUUUGCAGGUCCCCCCUAGCACGCCCACACCAAACCAACACCACAACUUACUCGCAUCCGAUGUCCACCCUACUUAUCUCGAUCCCGGGGGAUUCGGAGACUCGAGACAGUGCUUGAAAGAAGGUGAAUCAACGCCACAAACACCGAUUACGGGAAAUCAUCUUCUCGACGUGCCGCGAUCUCUUGAUCCGAAUCCCAAUCUGCUUAGCCCGGAAAUCCUUACUCAAAGGAGAGGAAGUAGAAGACCGAGCAUUUUACCAGUGCCCGACAUGCUGACGAGCUCGACUCUGCACCUUCCUGGCCAGGAAUCCUUAGAUCACGAAGGUGACGAGUCGGAGGACGAAAUGGACGACGAUGUUCCCUGGAGAUCGCCAAGCGAGAAGAUCGCCUUCAAAGGGAUUGUCAAGGGAUUCCCGCCGGUUUCGCCUUUUAUUGGUGUUUCGCCGACUUUGUGUUACCUCCUUAAGGAGAAGAAGCCGCUCUGUUGCCUUCAACUGGCUCAGGUUUGCCAGCAUUGCAGCUACAGGAACGCCAAAGAGUACAACUGGCAGAACAAAACUAUCAUAUUGGCGGCGGAUUACGCCAGCAAUGGGAUUUACAACUUCAUAAUACCGUUAAGGGCGCAUUUUAGGUCGAAAACUUCGUUAAAUCCGAUCAUCCUUCUGCUGGAAAGAAAGCCGGAAAUCGCGUUUCUCGACGCGGUGUCCUACUUUCCGUUGGUUUACUGGAUGCUCGGCUCCAUCGACUGCCUGGAUGACCUUCUCCGGGCCGGUAUCACCUUAGCGGAGAACGUUGUGGUCGUAAACAAAGAGCUCAACAAUUCCGCCGAGGAAGAUACUCUGGCUGAUUGCAACACAAUCGUUGCGGUUCAGACCAUGUUCAAAUUCUUUCCGAGCAUAAAGAGUAUCACGGAGCUGUCCCAAUCGAGCAAUAUGCGUUUCAUGCAGUUCCGGGCGCACGACAAGUACGCCUUGCAUCUCAGCAAAAUGGAAAAGGUACUCUUCAGUGCUACUACCGAUGACGACUACUCAGAUGAGCCUUCGAUGGGCUCCCCGAGAGAAAAGGAAAGAGGUUCCCACAUAUCGUACAUGUUUCGAUUGCCGUUCGCGGCAGGCAGUGUCUUCAGCGCAUCGAUGUUGGACACUCUACUUUAUCAAGCGUUCGUCAAAGACUACGUGAUAACAUUUGUGAGGCUCUUACUGGGAGUCGAUCAAGCGCCAGGAUCUGGAUUUCUCACAUCGAUGCGCAUAACGAAGGACGACAUGUGGAUAAGAACGUACGGCAGAUUGUAUCAGAAACUCUGCUCGACCACUUGCGAGAUCCCGAUCGGCAUAUACAGGACGCAGGACACGACCAUGUCCGACUCCUCGCAUCAGGGCGACUCAGACGCGGAAAGCGACGCCGGCGUCGGUGUGACGUACAAGGUGCGUCAUUCGGCGGCAGCAUCGUGCCUUGCGAAUUGCGCCACCCGUGACAAGGGUGCAUCUGCUUACUCGGUGAGUCUCGGCGACGAGGCGCGCGACAACCACGCGCAGCAGAUCGAACGAGCGGAGAUCGCGAACCUGGUGCGCUCGCGGAUGGAGUCGUUGAAUCUGCCGGUCGCCGAUUACGACGACGUGUCGGAGAAGCGCAACAGCCUGUCGUACGUGAUCAUCAAUCCGAGCUGCGAUCUUAAGCUCGAGGAGGGCGACAUCGUUUACCUGGUGCGACCCAGUCCGUUCUCCGCGCAGAAGACCUUCGAGCGACACAAUUCCCGGCGCAAGAGCAACAUCAGCUUUUGCUCGGCGCAGCUGGUGUCCCAAAUGAGCGCGGCGGUCGCGGCCGCGGGUCUGCAAACCGGCGGUCCGGGAAGCCGUCGUGGCUCCACCAUAGGUUUGGCCAGAGCGCCACCGUUGGGUACAACCAAAUCGAACUCCUUGUCUCUACCGGACAGUCCUACUGUGGCCGGCACACUGCGCGGUCGCUCCAAUUCGCUUAGAGUGGUCGACGACAUUCUCCUGCGACGUAGCAAUUCUCUGAGGCAGGGCUUGUCGGCAACGACCAGGCGAAAGAGCAGUCUCGAGGACAUCGGUUUGGGUGCGCUCUCGCAUCCUUCAAAUCACAAUCCAAUCAAGAUCGCUCUGAACGGUUCGAUUGGCCUGGAAGUGACACCUCCCGAAGAGGGCUCGCAGGGCGGAGGUGGCGCCAGUAACACCGGUAUCCUCGAUGUGGGCUUACCUUCGAUGCCGGAGCUCAACGCCGCUUUGGGACCCAAUCUGAGUGCCGGUCUCGGCGCCGGUCUCGGUGGUUCUCUGGGCGGUCUUUACGACCCACCCUCGAUUCAGUGUCCGAUGGGCUCGCCCUGCCAGUCCCCGCAGUUGCAGGGCGGCGCGCAAGAUCUACAGCACAUUCAAGGAACAAUAGUAUGAUAUAACCUUAUGUGGGGACGCAGGCUCUCCGGCGUGGCGCGAAACAAGUGGCUGUAAGCGUUCCCACAUGGCGUUCAGGAGCUGGGCGCCGAGAGCGGCGUCUCUAGCGAUCUAGAGAAUCGGUAGAGCGUGUACGAGCUGCGUAUCUCGUGGGACUGACCAAAAGCCUGAUGAACGAGACGGCCGGAGAGCAAGGUGUUUCACGUCGAACCAACGACUGUUUCGAAUAUCGCAUUUUUGUUAAAGGUCAUUGACCUUUCGUUGAAGGUCAUUUUCGAGUUCGCGUUUCCAAGUUUGGGACGAGAAUAUACUUUGGCAGUGUAUCCAAUUGAAUUAAUCAAUUUUUAUUGAAUUGACAGCAGUAAGCGUUGAUUAUCCGAAGCAUUUUCUUAAUGUAGUUUAUAAGUCACCCAAAUUGUCGCGAUUAAUUUCUGAUGUUCACGAAAAUACAUAAUUUGGUAUUUAACAAUUAAAAUAAUCUUAAAAAUUACAGUUUUUUAGUGCCAAGUUGAUACUCUCGUAUUCUCACUCCAGUUUACCCUUUCGGUAGUUACCCUUUGAAGCGGCGCGAUUUAUGACAAUUCGUGAAUCUAUAAGCGCAGGUAUAUCAAAUAGUAAACUGUGAUAAUGAUCAGAUUUGUCGAUUUCUCGCGGAAGUUUAUGUUCACGGAAAAUCUCGUCGCAGAUAUAGUUCUGUGCUACCCGCGAUCGUCGACAGGAGUCGUGUCAGAGAAAUCAAUAUGCAUUUGUUCGGACGAUAUUUAAUUACGUUGUCUCGUAAUUCCUAAGUAUACACCGCGUUCUUAAAACGUUUUGCUCUCUAGGUCGCCUCUAGCGUCCCGACGUUCGUGCAUAUGAUUUCAUAUUUAUGGGAAAUAGAUUAAAAAAAAAAAACCAAAAAUACCGCGCGAUUCAACUUGUUGCGUGUGCGAAAGAUACUCGGAAUGGCGUGUCGCGUGUUGACCGACGUUGAGCGUACGUUUUGAAUCGUUUGUUUCAUGAUAACAGAAAUUAAAAUUGUGUUAAAUAUUUUUUUCCAGUUCGUUAAAAAAUUGAAAAACUCCAAAAUAUUUAUUAUCUACCUGUAGGUCGUGAAAUAUCGUGUAUACGAUAAAAAAAUUACCUUUUUGUUGUCAGAUCAAAGUUUUUUCUUUAGAAAUGUUUUGUCGCUUAUUAAAAAUUGCAAACAAAUGACUCGAAAUGGCCGCUUUGUCGUUUCGCUUCCACACGUUCUCGUGACACGAGAUGACGCGCAUCAGCACACAGGGUUUGCACAAUGUUUCGCAAAAACACAACAUUUCCUUCCCAAUUCCUACGUCGCGCUCAGCGGUCGAGCGCGAGUGUACUUUUAUAUUAGAAAGAUUUACGCGGCGAGAGAAAGAGAGUCUAUUAUAUAGAUACGUAUUAUAGAUACGAUGUAUGACCAUUUUAAUCAUAUCAUUGCGAGAGUGCCGCUCGCGCGGAAGUCAACGUUAAAUUAAUAUCCUACCGUAAAUAGAGAGGAAGAGUAUUUUAAGCGUGCGAGAAAGAGAGAGAGAUAUUUAAGUGCUUGGAAAAGUAUUUGUCAUUGACUUUUAGUCGCGCGAAUGACGACGAAUCAUCGUCCACGUGGUGGAUUUUGAUGUCGAGUCGCAGAACGAUUGACGAUCACGCAUGCACGAUUCUCCGAUGUGACGUCAAGGAUUUACGGCCGAUAUUUGAAACCGACGUAGACAGAAAGAAUAAAAAAAGGUUAUCGUGAAAAUCACGAGAGGUAUAGACGAGAGUCGAUCGCAAAUUAACUGCACGAAAACUUAUCUCUUUACUACUACUAUUACUAUCGUUACUAUUGACUUUUUCUUCAUUUACUCUCGUGUGUCAGUUUCAAGCCUCGAUUCGUGUUUCCUGGGUAUCGUAUCGAGGAAGAUCAGUUAUUCUUAGCGAUGAGCAAGCGUGAUUUUUCGCGCUUUAAUCAAUUAAAUUAGUUAGUCGAACACGAGAGUCGUUUAUUCACGAUUGAUGAAGACAAGUUGCACCGACUGGAUUAUAGAUAUAUCUUACAGCGAAUAAUAUUUUCUCUCCAAGUAGUUUUAACACAGCAGUUUUGUCAACACUAUAUGAAAUUUGAAUGGACGCUUGAAGUCGACGACAGCUUGAAAGAUUAAUAUACCACUUAGUUUCUUCAAAUGAACAAACGCAUCACGGUUGAUAAUAAUCGCCAGAUUGGUGCAACUGGCCGUAAUAUACUUAGAAUCUAAUUUUUCGAUGCGACGUGCCGCGAUCACGGCACUCGCAGCCAAAUGCAAUCAUUCGUUGACCAAUUUACACGUUUCUUCGACCAAUCGAGUCGUAUUAUCGUACCUGCUUCGAUAUAUUGCUUUCUCGUUGAGCCUAAUAAUAAGUUAGAUGCUCGAUUAGUUACGCGACCAGAAGUAGUCCAUGAAACAACUUUUUAAUAAGUAACAAAGAAACUUCUAUUUGAGUUCUAAUUUUAACAUUGAAAGAGAACAUUUAAUAAUCUUCUGUAACAAAAACUUUGCUUAUUUAGUAUUUAUAUUAAUUUUUGAUUAAAUUAUUAUCUAAUAUAUUGAUGUUUAAACUAU